AUGCACUGGCACCAAAACCAAGCAACUCUCUUCACAGUUUCACUUAAAGUUGGUGACGAAGAACGAAAUAUGGGCAUAAUAUCUGAUCAUACCGUGCACGACACAGCAUUUGUGUACUGUACCCAGCAAAUAAUAGUUGAAUAUGUUAAACGAGUGUUUAAAGAUGUAAAAACAAUAACAUAUCUGAGUGAUGGUGCAUCAGCACAUUUUAAAAAUAAUUCAAACAUGUUUAGCUUAACAUAUCAUCAGCAAGAUUUUGGUAUCAAAGCCAACUGGGUUUUCUCCUCGACAUCUCACGGGAAGGGUCCUGCUGAUGGUAUUGGAGCAACAAUAAAAUCAAGUGCAACAAAACACUUGUUUCGACAUGGGCAUGAGAAAUCAUUUCGUGACGCCAAACAAUUUUAUGAAUUUUCCCUCAAACACUUUGAUCGAAUGGGAGUUGUUCGUCCGUCAGGUGGAGAACCACAUCGUCCGAUCGAAAUCAAAUUUCUGAGUUCGGGUACUGUACAACAAAUGUAUGAUGAUAAAUUAAGUAUUAGAUGGAAUAAACUACCUAAUACAGAUGAGAUAUAG